GAACGUUAUUUUACUUUACUUCAGAACUUAAUUUAUCUCUUUAAAAUAUUUUUCAUAUAAUAUUAAAGAUUUUUUGUUACAUUUGUUUAUUAAAAUGAAUCUUCCAUACAUAAGAACAGUGUUACAUGAACUGCAUGACUUUUAAAGGAAUAGUUCAACCAAAAUUAAAACUUCUGUCAUUAUUUACUCACCCUUAUUUUGUUUCAAACUCAUAUGACUGACUUUCUUCUGUGAAACACAAAAUAAUAUAUUUUUAACCUUGUGCGACCCCACGUGCACAUGCUUGGACAUUUUAUUUUGGCUUUGCUAUACACAACAUAUAAUUUUAAUUCAUUUAAACUGAUUGAAUACUGUUCACAAGACUCUAGACUGUCAUUUAAACUUCUGGCGCACUGAGUCACGUGACACAACAGCAUGGCAUUGAUUUCCGUGAAGCGCUUCUAUGGGCGCAGAGCCAACAAAAGUGCCUCUGUGUAGCACGUAUGUAGCACGUGACACAUGUGGCUUACAAUCUAAGCAUAAACCACUUUCUAAUGCCUUGGACCAGAUCAGAAGAACACGUUCGCUCUUGAGCCGGUGUUGCAGUGAGACAAGGGAAAUAACCACAGAAGACUGGGUUAUAGCUGAAAAGAUUUAAUAUGGGCUUUAGUAACCUUGGUUACACCCUCCCCUCUGAAAUAUAUGCACGUCUCGUUGCAUCUACACGUGAACAACAGGGGCAACAACUGACUCUUCUAAAGAAGAACUAAAUGCUUCGCUUAGACCCUGCAACAAGGACUGAAUCACUAAGUUACCCUAGCUGCAAGAACUGGCUCCUGGCUGGCUCGCCAACUUUUGUAGCACGUAUGUAGCACGUGACACACGUGGCUUACAAUCUAAGCAUAAACCACUUUCUAAUGCCUUGGACCAGAUCAGAAGACCACGUUCGCUCUUGAGCCGGUGUUGCAGCAAGACAAGGGAAAUAACCACAGAAGACUGGGUUAUAGCUGAAAAGAUUUAAUAUGGGCUUUAGUAACCUUGGUUACACCAGCACGCUGAUAAACAUGAUGUCCACAUACGUGGAUUUUUGUACAUUAUUCCCUCAAAAGUUGAAAAAGCAACAGGACAAAGAAUCCACGAUGAGGAGCUAGAGGCUCAGCGACGCUUACGCCGAAAACUCAUGUUGGCUGCACAGCGCAAGAGAGCCGUCCGGCGACGAGGAAGUCGGUUGCAGCGAGAGCAUAAACGCCAACAGUAUAUGCAAAUGAUGCAUCACUACUACUUUGAUAUUAUGCAGACAUCCAAGGUAUGGGCCUACCCCCGAACAAGUGACUGGUGGGAAAUCACGGCGCAAAGAUUCACCGAUGAUCAGUGGCUGGAGGAUUUCAGAGUUUCCAGAGAAACCUUCAAAUCCAUUUGUACAACGGUGAAGCCUGCACUAGAGCGACGAGACACUGCAUUUCGAUUAUGCAUUCCUUUGGAGAAAAGAGUAGCCAUUGCAUUGUACAAACUUGCAUCAACUAGCGAGUACAGGACAGUGGGUAACCUGUUUGCCGUUAGUCAGACGUCUGUUUGCCGCUGUGUGCAUGAAUUUUGUAAGGCUGUGAUAACAUUACUUCGGCCUAAAUUAAUCCAAACACCCAACCAGGCCAAACUGGCAGAGAUGGCAGAUUAUUUUGAGGAGAGAUUCGGAAUUCCGCAGUGUGUGGGUGCUAUAGGUGGUUCUCACAUCCCUAUAUUGAAACCUCCUCAAUACCAAUCAGAUUUACACAACAGAAAAGGCUGGCACUCCAUCAUUCUACAAGCAGUUGUGGAUGGUAAAGGGAUGUUCUGGGACCUAAACAUCGGACAGUCAGGGAGGGAACACAACGUCGGUGACUUAAGAAAUUCACGCCUUUGGGCUUGGGCCACUACCAGUAAUGCAUUCUCUGGCAGGGUUAGAAACAUAUGCGGAACUAAUGUUGGCUACUUUAUUCUUGGUGACUCUGCUUACCCAUUGCAGAACUGGUUGUUGAAACCUUAUCCUGACACUGGCAGACUUACAGAGGGUCAAGAACAGUACAACAUAAGGACAAGUCGAGCCCGUUGUGUGGUUGUACGUGCUUUUGGGAAGUUGAAAGGCAGGUGGAAGUGUCUCAGUAAAAGGAAUGACUGCAGUGUAAAUGUUGUUGUUGAUAUGGUGGAGACAUGCUGUACACUGCACAACCUUUGUGAAUUACACAUGGAGAGAUUUGUGCCAGAGUGGGGUGAUGGCGAAGAUACUGUACGACCACCAUGUAACAUUGAUAACGAGAGGUCAGAUGUAAGAAGUGCUCUGCAACAGUUGUUCAUGCAGCAGCAAUAAUUGUUAUAUGGCUUUAUUGUUAUAUUUUGAUUUCUACAAAUAAAAUUAUGUACAAUCAGUUUGUUACUUUCACACAGUGUUGUAUUCUUUCACCUACUUCGUAUGACAUUACAUUAUAUCAGACUAUCUACAGAGUAAGUAUAUACAAAUGGCGACUUUCAUAACUGCCCAAUAGCCUAUAUUGUGAUAUCAGAGUAGGACCUUAAUUUCAUCUUAAAAAAUUAACAUAAGUGGACAUUGCAGAAAACAAAAAGUGCUCGUCAGACAACCAUUUAGCGAAUGUGCCCCUCAAAAAGCUAUAUUUUUCAUAUUGAAACUGCAUUUUCAACAUAGCAGAGUGCUUGCCACAAAUAAAAUGUGUCAAAUAAAGGUUUGUUGCUUUCACACAGAGAUGUAAUCUUUCACCUACUUAGUAGGACAUCAGACUAUCUAAAAAAAAAAAAAAAAUCUAAACUGCUCAAGCUAAAUUUUACUUCGAUUAUUGUUACUUUUAUUCUUUUUAAUUGCACAUAAAUGAGUGUAAACGUGUGUAUGUAUAUUUUAUGUUAAAAGUGCUUUGGCAAUGUAAAGCUUCGUUUUACCAUGCUAAUAAAGCUACCUGAAUCUGUCUGCAGAGUAAGUAU